GAAGGGAAAAAAAAAAGAUCGGGAGAAAGAGAGGAAAGAGACAGACAAUACAGAGCAUUUAGCCCGGUGCGCAUCGCUCAACGAAACCAUCGCGAGCAUGGCUGAACCAACCAACACCCCGAUGCCGACGGCGCCGCCGACCCCGCGCUCCACUUCCCCCGUACCGGGUGUUGCGCGCUCUAGCAUCGCCGGUAGCACCCUUGUCCCCCCGAAGCUGAUAACAAUAGCGACAACGGCCGCGGCUGCGUCGGCAUCUCCGGCUCCUGGCAAAAAACCCGUCGUGCUGCACGUUGGCGAUCCCGUUCGGUACAACCUGCAAACGUACCAGGAAUUCGCAGCCGAGUUUGACGUGGUUCGCCCCUCCGCCGAGGAGCGCCAGCGACCCGCUUUCGUACAGGCAUUACGCGAGAAGCGCUGGGGCGACUUUGUCGCCAUCUUCCGUCCCUUCUGGGGUACCGGAGGCGAGAUGGGGAACUGGGACGCCGAACUCAUCGGUCUGCUGCCGGACAGCGUGAGGGUCUUCGCUAGCGCUGGCGCUGGCUUCGAUUGGGCCGACACGAAGUUGCUGGCUGAAAAAGGUAUCGUCUACUGCAACGGUGGCCUCGCCGCCGCAGAAGCUGUCUCCGACUUUGCUGUCGCCAUGAUCGUCUCGACGUUCCGCGUCCUGCCGUACUGCAUUUCCUCGGCGCCCGACCAAACCGCGUUCCGGGACUGCCAUGCGAGCGCGACCGCGCAGUCGCACAACUUACGCGCUACCACCCUCGGCCUCGUCGGGCUCGGCAACAUCGGACAGCAGAUAGCGCACAAGUGCUACGCCGCCUUCGGCAUGGAGGUUGCCUACUUUGACGUGGAGCGCAAGCCGGCGGCACUAGAGGAGAAACUACGUGUAAGCUUUCGCCCCUCGCUCGAGCAGUUGGUACGCGUGUCCGACUGUGUGGUGUUGUGCGCACCCGCAGUUGCUGGCUGUGUGAUCGACGCCAAGAGCCUUAGCUGGUUCCGACCCGGUGCACGUUUGGUCAACGUUGCGCGCGGCUCACUUGUCGACGAGGAGGCGCUCGCGGACGCGCUCGAGCGUGAGCAGCUCGCAGGCAUCGCCCUCGAUGUCCACGCCGACGAACCGGCCGUCCACCCGCGCCUGCUCGCAUUUGCCCGCUCUAAAGCCCUACUCACCUGCCACAAUGCCGGGGGCACCGUGGAAACCCACGUCGGCUUCGAGGAGCUUGCUAUGCGUAACAUCUUGGCCGUGCUGGCUGGCAGACCGGCCAUCACGCCAGUCAACCUACAGUAGCUGAAAAGCACCCUAUGAUGUCCGGUUCGCGUGCGAAUCCAUCUUCCUUAGAGCAUGUCCUCGGCUGGAAGACAAGUAUGCAAGCAACAAAAAAAAAGAAAAAGAGAAAGAAAAAAACCUGGACGUGGCAGUUGGAGGACGGCAAAACGUGCCUUUUAUUCGUCUUUAUACCAAGUCAUGUGUGCAUAUGCAUAAGCAAACCCGGGGGGAAAGCGAGGGGAGGGUUUCAAGUCCGACCAGCAUAUCGCUAAGAGGAAGACAAAACAUUAGAGAAAAGAAAUACCACAUAGUGCUUGGGCCGUUUCUUCGUUCUGUCCAAACACGGGAAUCGAAAUACUUCCUGUAGACGGGGAGAGCAUUGCCCUAUAUCUUAGAUAGAGAACCAAGAUAGCGCCAAGGAGUAGGGGAGCAAAGGCGGGAGUGGGAGGUUGGGAGAAGGAACUUGGGGGGAUUGCAUAUAUCACGCACAGGAG